CGCUCUGUUUAUAAAACAAUGUGUGGUUUCUGUAUGAGAAAACCGAUCCGGCAGAUGGCAUGAGCUCCAAAAGUUCCUCCAUGUUGAAGGCACUGCUGCUCCACGGUUCAGCUCAUGAGGCUUAAUGGGAUUUUAAAGUCUACAUUCAGAUGAUUUCUAUAUAGAAAAACUGGGAUUAUCUUUCAGGCUGUUUAAUCUCCCUCGCUCUCUCUCGCUUUUUUUUUUUUUCCCCCGAGCCUGCCCCACCGUUUUAGCACUCGUGGAAAAGCGGAGUGACUGUGAGCGCUGCGAUCAAUGGACGCUAGAGUGCAGACGGCCUAUCAGCUCAGAGAACCAGAGAGAUGCCCUGUGGACCAUUCCUCUAACGUGGAGCACGCUCAGUCGAUUUGAUUCACUUCAGCCCGGCUGCCGUGCCCGCCUUUCCAGAAGAGUUCCACAUCGUGCUCAACAGGGACGGGAACGAGGCUUCACCAGGCUGCGCCGCCACUGCUAGACGCCGACCUGGUGUCCUCUUUCACUGAGGAGCAGCUUCAUCGCUCCAAGCUCAGAGGGGGGUGGGGGCGGGCACCGGUCUGCAUCUUGGACCAUCUAGCUCCUCAGCAGAAAACUAAAACUCCACUGAGAACAGCAGGAGAGGUUCUCUCACUUCCUGAGCUGGACUAAGAACUGACCAUCCACCUGACUCCCAUCAUGCCUAACUCCUUCCAGCAGAGAAAAGCCCAACAAAUGCUCCUUCUCUGCCAGGGAGUGAAUGGGACGAGGAAAGACCGAGAACCUGUGGUUUGGAACCACCACAAACAGGGCUUCCAAGAACUCGACAAAAUGGCCUGUGCAGCUGACAGCUGCAUACAGUUCACACGCCAUGCAAGCGAUGUCCUCCUGAACCUAAAUCGGCUGCGGAGCAGAGACAUUCUCACGGAUGUCACCAUCUUGAUCAACAGGCAGCAGUUUCGUGCACACAAAACUGUUCUCAUGGCUUGCAGUGGGCUGUUCUACACCAUCUUCACCGACUCCCACAAAUGCAACCUUAAUGCCAUCAGUCUGGACCCAAAGGUGGACCCAGAGGGCUUUGCCAUCCUGUUGGAGUUUAUGUACACUUCCCGUCUCACACUAAAGGAAAGUCUGAUCGUGUCCAUCAUGAACACAGCCAUUUACCUGCAGAUGGACCACGUUGUGGACACCUGCCACAGAUUCAUCAAAUCCAGUGACCCGACUGCCAAGUUGUCCAGAGAUGAGUUUUUGGUCAGUCCCCUGGUUUUACCUCAGGAUGUCCACGCGUACCGGCCCCACGAUGUUGUCGACAGUUUGCACAGCCGCAUCGCUCCGUUCAGGGAUGGAAGGCCCUACGGCACAAACAUGUUCAGCGGGGUCAGCACCCCCAGCAACUACCAUCUCUACGGGCAGUUCCCCAUGCCAGGAUUCCCCUUUCCUCUCUGCAAGCUGACUGAUACCAAAAAUGCUUUUGCUGACCUCUCAAAAAGUGGAAUCCACCACAAGCACUGUUCUCCUCAUGACAGCAGUAGCAUCAGGGCAGAAUACACCCGGGCACUUGGCUCCAGCUACUCAAGCAUCAUCCACUCCACUACCUAUGCAUCCAGGGAGGUGGGGAGAGAUGAUGAUAUGAGGAAGGAGGGACACGAGGGCGUCGGGCAGCCUAUCAACUCGAGGAAGCGAGGGCUUCCCGUGUUGACUGUCGAGCACCAAAAGGACAGGGAUCACACUCCGCAGGCAGAAGAGGACCUCAUUCAUCAGCACUACCCGCUGGGAAUCCCCUCCACAGGACGGAAGAGUCUCAUGAGCAGCCCACAGAGCCCCCUCAAGUCUGACUGUCAGCCCAACUCCCCAACAGAGUCCAGCAGCAGCAAGAACGCCAGCCUGUCUCAUAUCGGUGGAGGACAAGCUCCGCAGGGGGCAGCCGACCCUAAAGCCCGUAACUGGAAGAAGUACAAGUUCAUCGUGCUGAACCAGAGUGCAAAGGAAGACGAGACAGGGCUGAGGGACCCGGGGCUCCACUCCCCUCAGCGCCUCGGCCUGCAGCACUACCAUCACCCCUCAGACUCCGAGCACCUCGACCCUCAAACAACCAGCAAGAGUGGCGAUCACAGCGAGGAUCUGCCCGUGCCACAGGCGAGUCGGCUCAACAACAUCAUCAACAGUGCACUUGAGGGGUCGCUGAGGAGCAGCGACGGCCACCCUCCACACUACCUGAACCGCCUCAGCUGCUCCACCUGUGGCUCCCAGUCCACGCAGCACUCCGACGUCUGCCCCAGCAGCUCCCGGUCCCGCCUCUCAGAGGACAUGGCCGAGCUCCACUCAGAAUACUCCGACUCCAGCUGUGAAAACGGCGCGUUCUUCUGUAACGAAUGCGACUCCAAGUUUGCCGACGACGAAGCUCUGAAGCAACACAUGCUUCAAGUGCACAGCGACAAGCCAUACAAGUGCGACCGCUGCCAGGCUGCUUUCAGAUACAAGGGCAACCUCGCCAGCCACAAGACCGUCCACACAGGAGAGAAACCGUAUCGCUGUAACAUCUGUGGUGCUCAGUUUAACAGACCAGCUAACCUCAAGACUCACACUCGCAUCCACUCAGGAGAGAAGCCAUACAAAUGUGAGACGUGCGGAGCCCGAUUCGUACAGGUUGCUCAUCUUCGAGCCCAUGUUCUGAUCCACACGGGCGAGAAGCCGUACCCGUGUGAGAUCUGUGGAACUCGCUUCCGUCACCUGCAGACGCUGAAGAGCCACCUGCGCAUACACACGGGAGAGAAGCCCUACCAUUGUGAAAAAUGCAACUUGCACUUCCGCCACAAGAGUCAGCUCCGGCUGCACCUCCGGCAGAAGCACGGCGCCAUCACCAACACAAAGAUCCAGUACCGGAUGGCUACGGCCGACAUAGCCACUGACUUGACAAAGGCAUGCUAGGCUGAAUUGAUAAUCAUGCAGGCAAUCUUGACCUUUAUAAACCCCGACGUGUACAAUCUUCCAAAAGUGUCAAAAGCGUAGUGCCACACUGUGUUCAAUAGACAAUUCAAUUGGCUGCAUUUGCCAUUCAAACGGGUUUCCACUACAUGUGAACAUAGAGCUGCUGGAGGCUCCUGAGUCACUUUACGGUUUCUAUAUAGAUAGAAAUGAUAUAUACAUAUAUGUGUGUAUAUAUGUGUGUAUGUUGGGAGUGUUUUUAAGCUUUGAAGGCACCUAAAUAAAGCUUUAUUUUGAGAUGGAUAAAAUGUAAACAAUGUUUUUGCAAAUACAGUAUUUUAUAUCAGAGAACUUAAUUUUCUGAGAGUAUUGAACAUUUUGACAGGUGGUACAUAUAUUUUGAGAUAAAAGGCUUUACGGCUGUAUACGGUCUGUACAUUUUUAUGUCGUCGAGUUGCCAUGUUCAGAGGAAGGGAUGGGACUGGAGCGUGUCGGGUGGCUGUCGCUGUCUGAAACACAAGCGUUUGGUACUUUCUCACAGAGAGCGGGCGACUGCAUAACUAUUGUGACAUUGUGUGAUUGCUCUCUGCUGGCAGAGCCAAUCUGAGUGGUGAACUCUGUUUGCAGGUACUGCUUUGUAAUGACCAAGAAUUUGCUUCAGAUGUAUUUGUAUAGACGUGAAUUUUCUCUUUCUUUUCGGUUUAUUUGCUUUUCACAAGUGAAGGUUUACAGUUUUUGCUCUUUGUUCCGGACCCUGACGUAAACUUGUGUCAAUGUUCAGUUUGUAGAUACACUGUGUAUUCAAUGUGCCUUUCUCUAGGGUGACUGAAUUUCUCUGCGUUCAGCCCAGGUCUAAUAAGGUACAACUCAAGGACAACGCGUGUCCUGGAUCCCCGUGUGUGUGAGCGUGUGUGUGCGUGUGUAUAUAUAUUUGCAAAUGCUCGGCCGUAACAUUAGAACAUAAAAUUAUUUCAUUGUAAAUUUUCAGGAUUUUUCUUUUCUUUUGUAAAAUAAAUACUGAAAAAAAUGCAUUAAAAUUGUUGUACGUUAUAAAUGUAUGAAUGUAAAAUAAAGGUACUGAGUUUCUAUGUAUUACAACUAGAAUCUGUCGUGUUUGUGGAGAAUGACCACCAAUAAAUGAGCAGUUUUUCUCUCA